ACAAACGCUCUUCUAUUUGUUUGUUUUUUAUCAUUUUCUCAUUUCCAGAAAGAAGAUAGGAAGCAAGAAGUCGAAAGGUAAUCAUUCGAACAAGGCGUUGAUUAGGCCCUUUGGAAAAGAUUAUUGAUUAGGCGCCCCUAAACCUAUUUUCUGAAUCCCAAUUACAAGAGUGGUAGUUAGACUAUCGUUAUCUUCAAAUGAUGCUUUUGUGUCCGGUCAGAAAACUAUUGCACUGCAGGUUUUAGCAGGUAUUGCAUCCAUCCAAAUAGUUCAUGGACCGGUGGUCAGGCAAAAGAGCCAUUGAGGGGCGACCGGACACAAAGAAGGGUUCUGGUGUUGUCCUGAGAGACAGAUUUAACAACAGUAUUUGCAGUGAUGAGAAAAAAUCUAUGAAGUUCACUCGGUUCGUUGGCUCUUCAUACAAGAAAGAGAAAGCAGUGUGGUCUUCAACUUCAAGCCGCUCUUCACCAAAUGGGAAGGAAGUCAUUGGAACCUCCUCUAAGAUUCCUGUCUCUAUCUCUAGCUCCUCUUCUGUGAAAAAUGAGAAGCAACCUCAGACAGCUAUUGAUUCAUCAGAGAGCAGCAAAGGUAGCGAGGACGAGAUAGAGACAGAGAUCUUGGAAGAAGAACCAAGAGUUCACAACAAACUAAAGGUAGUGGAAUCCUCAGACUUGCCAUCAAGCUCAAGAGCCAAGAAAGGCUUUAGGCAGAGAUUUGGAUUGAGCAAGCAAGAGUUUCGUCCUGGUCCUUCUAGCCAGUCAACAAACCGAGGAUGCAGCCCGUUGUUAAGUGGUUUUGGAUUGGAGAAAAGAAUUAGUGGGAAGGUGGAUACAAUCAGUAAGAGAAGAGUCUAUGGAGAAAGCAGCUCUAGCUCCUCAGCUAGAGGCAAAAAGAUAGUAUCAGAACUACCUUCUGAAGAGAGACGUCUUGUCUUUAACCCGAGAGGAGGUUCUGUUUCAGAUGGUAGACGGGCUAGGCAUUGCAUUCUGAAUGAUGCUUCGGGUGGGAGUCAGAGAUCAGUAAAUAGAGGUGACAGCCGCAUUAGAUUCACUAACCAAGGGAGUGGUAGUAGAAAUGGUUUAUCCUCUAUUACAACAAGAGAGAUGUCUCAGAGUGAGACAUCAAACAAUCUCAAUUCUCCUGUCUCUUUGGAGCUCUUCUCUGGUUUCCCAGACUUUGGUUCUUUAUCUAGUCAAGACAGUUUUCGCAAUUACAAUUUAGAUGGGAUCUCUGAGAUUUUGCCAGAACUUGAUAGGAUUGAACAAGAUAUUGAGCUUAAUUACGAGGAACUGCUUAUCAUGGAGACAGGUUUACUUCUCGGUGGACUAAGCUUCUAUGAUCAACACCGUGACAUGAGGCUAGACAUUGAUAACAUGUCCUAUGAAGAACUAUUAGCUUUAGAAGAGAGAAUUGGUACAGUAAGUACUGCUCUCACAGAAGAAGCAAUAUCAAAGAGCUUGAAAACAAGCAUCUAUCAGAUGAAACCUUCAAAUGAUCACAAGGAAGAUGCCAAAUGCAGCAUCUGCCAGGAAGAGUAUACAAUAGGUGAUGAAGUUGGAAGGCUACACUGUGAGCACGCAUACCAUUUGAAGUGUGUGCAAGAGUGGUUGCGGAUGAAGAGUUGGUGCCCAAUCUGCAAGACCAUUGCAGAUACCUCCUCCUCCUCUAAGUAACCACCGUCUUCUUCUUCUUCUGCCUCCUGGUUCGUCAUAGUAUUUAUUUCAUCCAAAGCUUGUGAACAACAAUGGAACCCGCCUAAAAAGGGCCUCAGCAUUUCCUUUGUGUACAUACAUAUUCACAAUCGCUUUGUCUCUCUCUAUUGCAUGUGUUCUCGUCUAAUGACACAACUCUCCUGUGUUUUUCUUCAGCUUAUUGCAUUCCAAAGAUGUCAUUUGAAGAACAAAGAUUUAAUCUUACAUUCUUAGUACUCUCAGUAAAUGUAAAAAUGUCAAUGUGUUUUCAAGAAAUGAAUCUGAACAAUUCUAAGACUA